AUGCCUCCUACCAGCAGAAGUCUUCUCGGCUUUGCCAAAUGUCCAAGCGCGAGCUCCGCUGGACGAACAUUGACCAAGCACCACAACAUUCAACGGCCUAAUGUGUCGACCCUUGCAGCUUUCAAGGUGCCUGACAUUACCAACGAGCCUAAUAAACACUAUGCUAAAGGUUCGACAGACCGACAAGCUUUAGCAGAUGCUGUCAAGGCACUACAGCAGAGAGUCCCUCUUGAGAUUCCUCUCGUGAUAUCUGGAAAUUCCACUAAAACAGACUCAACAGCAACACAGAACAAUCCUGCCUCACAUUCAACGCCCGUCGCCAAGUACUCGAAAGCCUCGCCGGAGGAUGUGAAGACCGCUAUUGAGAGUGCUCUUGCAGCAAAAGAAGCAUGGUCGAGUCUACCUUUCGCUGAUAGGUGUGCAGUCUUCCUCAAAGCGGCAGAUCUGCUCAGCACAAAAUACAGAUAUGACAUGAUGGCGGUUACGAUGCUCGGACAAGGCAAGAAUGCAUGGCAGGCAGAGAUUGACGCUGCAGCAGAGUUGGCAGACUUUCUCAGGUUCAAUGUACGAUAUGCAGAAGAGCUAUAUGCACAACAACCACCUUACAACUCAGCUGGUGUGUGGAACAGACUAGAAUACAGGCCCUUGGAAGGCUUCGUGUAUGCAGUCUCGCCCUUCAACUUCACAGCAAUUGGUGGAAAUCUGCCAGGCGCACCCGCACUGCUGGGUAAUGUGGUACUGUGGAAGCCUAGUGACUCUGCUAUUGCUUCAAACUACCUCGUUCAUCAGAUACUGCUGGAAGCUGGCUUGCCUGAAGGUGUCAUUCAGUUCGUUCCCGGUGAUCCAGUUGAAGUCACGAAUGUGGUACUUGCUCACCCUGAAUUUGCUGCCCUGCACUACACGGGCUCAACAGCGGUGUUCAGGAAGCUUUAUGGCCAGAUAGGCCAAGGUAUCGCUGAGGGCCGGUACAAAGGUUAUCCAAGAAUAGUGGGCGAAACAGGUGGAAAGAAUUUCCAUCUUGUACACAACUCCGCAGAUCUGGAUAAUGCCGUGUAUCAGACUGUGCGGGGUGCAUUCGAGUACCAAGGUCAAAAGUGCAGUGCCUGCUCAAGACUCUACAUUCCUGCAUCACUGGCGGACAAAUUCAAAUCAAAGCUAGUGGAAGAGACAAAGAAAUUAAAGAUCGGGGCUCCUGAGGAGUUUGGCAACUUCAUUGGCCCUGUCAUCCACGAACCAAGCUUCAAGAAGCUCUCUGGCGUAAUAGAUGCAGCGAAGGAUGACAGCAACCUGACUUUGUUGACGGGUGGCAAGUAUGACAGCUCACAAGGCUGGUUCGUGCAUCCCACAAUCUACGAGACCAAAGAUCCUCAUCACAAGAACAUGAAGACGGAGUUCUUCGGCCCAAUAUUGCAUCUCUACGUCUACGAUGACUCCACAGAGUCAGCUUUUGAGGACGUUUGCAAGCUGGUUGAUACAACCGUGGAAUAUGGUCUCACUGGAGCAGUAUUUGCAAGGGAUCGAACAGCAAUUCGCUCUGCCGAAGAAGCACUACGACACUCAGCUGGCAACUUCUACGUCAAUGGUAAAUGCACAGGUGCUGUUGUCGGACAACAACCAUUCGGUGGUGCAAGGUCUUCUGGCACAAAUGACAAGGCUGGUUCCUUCGCUCUGUUGUCGAGAUUUGUGAGCAUGAGAGCAGUGAAGGAGGAUUUGCUGCCUAUCGACAAAGUGAUCUAUCCCUCAAAUGACAUCUAA